CUUGGAGAGGGAAGGAGCGGGAACCCGAGCUCGGCGUCGGGAAGCUUAGGUCGGCUGAGCCCUCGGCUCCCAAAGGCAGAGCCGGAAGCGCUACAGUUUGACCCACGAGUCCAUCUGUUUUCGAAGGCGUAGCCCUCUUCCUCCCGACCCUCUCCGCCUCCCCUUCUGCCCCUUCAUCCGGAGGCCGAAGCCCCCAGCCUGGGCGGGGCGGCGCAGCCCGAGCUCCCGAACCCGGAAGAAGCGCCAUCUCCCGCCUUCACCAUGGAGCCCACUGCGCCGUCCCUCACCGAGGAGGACCUGACUGAAGUGAAGAAGGACGCUUUAGAAAAUUUGCGUGUAUACCUGUGUGAAAAAAUCAUAGCUGAGAGACAUUUUGAUCAUCUACGUGCAAAAAAAAUACUCAGUAGAGAAGACACUGAAGAAAUUUCUUGCCGAACAUCAAGUAGAAAAAGGGCUGGAAAACUGUUAGACUACUUACAAGAAAACCCCAAAGGACUAGAUACCCUGGUUGAAUCUAUUCGGCGAGAAAAAACACAGAACUUCCUGAUACAGAAGAUUACAGAUGAAGUGCUAAAACUUAGAAAUAUAAAACUAGAACAUCUGAAAGGACUGAAAUGUAGCAGCUGUGAGCCUUUUCCAGAUGGAGCCACAAACAACCUCUCUAGAUCAAAUUCAGAUGACAGUAAUUUCUCUGAAAAACUGAGAGCAUCCACCGUCAUAUACCAUCCAGAAGGAGAAUCCAGCACAGCCCCCUUUUUUUCUACUGAUUCUUCUCUGAAUUUGCCUGUUCUAGAAGUAGGCAGAACUGAAAACCCCACCUUCUCUUCAACUACGCUUCCUAGACCUGGGGACCCUGGGGCUCCUCCUUUGCCACCAGAGCUGCAGUUAGAAGAAGAAGGAACUUGUGGAAACUCUAGUGAGAUGUUUCUUCCCUUAAGAUCACGUGCUCUUUUGCGGCAAUGACAGUUUACUGCCUUUUAAUUUUUUUAAUGAUGACAAAAAAUAUUUGAAAGGAUAUGAAUCUUAUAAAAUUGCUAUAAUGACUUAUUAACAUUUGAUACAUGUCUUAAAAUGCAACGUAAACAUACUUUGUAAAUAGAAUUUUUUUAGAAUAAAAGAAGCAUACUUGUA